AUGGAAGCCUCCAACGAGACAUGGGAAGCGGAGUUUUUCCUGGUGGGGUUCCCAGAUCUCGAGCGCUUUCACCUCCUGCUCUUUAGCCUCCUGUUGUUCACCUACUUACUCAUUCUUGGUGGCAAUGCUGUCAUUCUGAUGCUUAUCCGGGCCAACCCGCAUCUUCAUGUCCCCAUGUAUUAUUUUGUGGCCAUCCUGUCUUUCUUGGAGGUGUGGUACACCACAGUGACCAUCCCCAAGAUGCUGGCCAACCUCCUGGACAGCAGGAAGACCAUCUCCUACAGGGGUUGCCUCCUGCAGGUGUAUUUCUUCCAUGCCUUGGGCAUUACGGAGGCCUGUUUGCUCACGGCAAUGGCCUACGACCGAUACUUGGCCAUCUGCAAGCCUUUGCACUACCCAUCUGCCAUGACCCCCAAGAUUUGCCUGUGGCUAGCGGCAGGGUGCUGGGCGUGUGGCUUCAUGUGGCCCGUGCCAGAAAUCAUCCUGCUCUCCACAUUGUCCCUCUGCGGGGCGCACCGCAUAGAGCACCUCUUCUGUGACUUCCCCUCGCUGCUCAGCUUGGGCUGCGCUGAUGUGUCCACCAACACCACCAUAGACUUCACCCUCCACUCCUUCGUCAUCCUUGGCCCCGCCACCCUCAUCUUCUUCUCUUACGUGAAGAUCUUGAGCGUCGUCAUCAAGAUCCAGGGUUCGGAAGGGCGGCGAAAGGCCUUCUCCACCUGCGCCUCUCACCUGACCGUGGUCCUGGCCUUUUUCAGCACCACUGGUUUUAUGUACAUCCGCCCGGCACGAAGCCGGCCUUCAUACCACGACAAGGUGGUGGCGGUGGUCUAUGCGGUUCUAACCCCCCUCUUCAACCCACUGAUUUACAGCUUGAGGAACAAAGAUAUUCAGGAAGCACUCGGCAAUCUCAUGAAACCCCAGUGGGUUUCCCCCUGGAAGCAAAGCAGAGAAGGGCUGCCCAUUGUAAAAACUCUGCCACCGAUUUCCAGUGUGACCUUGGGCUAG